CCGCAGCCGGUUGUGACGCCUGGCGGCUCGGGAGCUGCAGCUUCUCCGCCUCCUCCUCCUCGCCGUCCUCCGGCUCGGGCUCGGGAGCCCCGGAUCGCCCGGCUGCUGCAGGCCCGUGGAACUCCAAAGCCAAGAUCCACAAGUGGACAGAGCCGGUUGCGUUGCGCCGAAGGAGAAAGUAACGCAGCCACCAAAACUUCCCUCGGUUCCCGCCCAUCCUCGAGAGGCCUCGGCUGGAGCGAGAGACGCCCGGGAAGGCCCGCGGCCAGGACAGGGCUUGUGGUUUCACGCAGCCCGCGCCACUUCCCGUUAGCAUAAGGCAAGUGGGUUUUAGAUGUCUGAAUCUUCACAACAGCUUCUGGGUGGUUUUGAAGAUUAAAGAGGUUUGGAAGUUGCUAUGUUAAUGCUGUUUGUGUUUGGAGUACUGCUUCAUGAAGUCCCACUGAGUGGUCAAGAUGAGUCUCCUCCCAAUGCCAAGGGCAGUGCAGAUGCCCUUCUCUUUGACUACCCCAGCAUCCACUUGCCAGAAGAACACAUCCCCUACUUUCUGCACAACAAUGGGCACAUUGCCGCACUCUGUAAGGAAGAUGCACAGUGUCCUUAUAAGAAACACUUAGAGAAUUUAAACUACUGCUGGGGUUAUGAGAAAUCCUGCCAACCAGAGUUCAGAUUUGGUUACCCUGUUUGCAACUAUGUGGACAUGGGAUGGACGGACAGCCUGGAGUCAGCACAGGAUAUUUUCUGGAGACAGGCCGACUUCGGCUACGCCGGUGAGCGGCUGGACGAGCUGCAUUCGCUUUGCCACCCCAAGGAAACGAGUGACUCAAGCCUGACAUGUUCCCGUUUCCUCCAGUACUGCAGAGCAACCCAUCUUUACCUUGACUUAAGAAACAUCAAGAGGAACCAUGACAGGUUUAAGGAAGGCUUCUUGCAGAGCGGGGAGAUUGGAGGACACUGUGUACUAGACAGUCAUACAUUGAUGUCUCAAGGUCAGCGCAAAAGCCCACUGCAAUCUUGGUUUGCUGAGCUACAAAGCUAUACUCAGCUCAACUUCAGACCUAUAGAAGAUGCUAGAUGUGACCUGGUUAUUGAAAAACCAACCUACUUUAUGAAAUUGGACGCAGGUGUUAACAUGUAUCACCACUUCUGUGACUUUAUUAAUCUUUAUAUUACUCAACAUGUUAAUAAUUCAUUCAAUACCGACGUGUACAUUGUGAUGUGGGACACGAGCUCCUAUGGAUAUGGUGACCUGUUCUCAGACACGUGGAAAGCAUUUACAGAUUAUGAUGUUAUUCAUCUGAAGACUUAUGACUCCAAACGGGUAUGCUUUAAGGAAGCUAUAUUUUCAUUACUUCCUCGAAUGAGAUAUGGGCUGUUCUAUAACACUCCUUUGAUAUCUGGCUGUCAAAACACUGGAUUAUUCAGGGCCUUUUCUCAGCAUGUCCUGCACAGACUCAACAUCACACAGGAGGGACCCAUGGAUGGAAAAAUUCGAGUCACUAUUCUUGCAAGGAGUACAGAAUACCGGAAAAUAUUAAACCAAAAUGAGCUUGUAAAUGCACUGAAAACAGUAUCUAUAUUUCAAGUCCAGAUUGUGGAUUACAAAUAUAAGGAACUUGGAUUUUUGGAUCAGCUCCAGAUCACUCAUAACACAGACAUAUUUAUUGGGAUGCACGGAGCAGGCCUUACCCACUUACUUUUUCUCCCCGACUGGGCCGCUGUAUUUGAACUGUACAAUUGUGAAGAUGAGCGCUGUUACUUGGACCUGGCCAGGUUGAGAGGUGUCCACUACGUCACCUGGCGGAGGCAGAACAAAGUCUUUCCUCAAGAUAAGGGCCACCACCCAACUCUGGGGGAGCACCCGAAGUUUACCAACUACUCUUUUGAUGUAGAAGAAUUUAUGUACCUUGUCCUUCAGGCUGCAGACUAUGUAUCACAACAUCCAAAAUGGCCAUUUAAGAAAAAACAUGAUGAGCUGUAAAUACAGGAGCAUUUAAAGGUUUCAUUACCCAGACUCACAGUUAAAUCAGCAAAACAGCCUGCUUUUUCUUACUCCCCAAAGGACGUUUUUGUAUAUCCAAAAAUGCCUUCAGGAUAUUACUUGUGUUGCAUAAUCUUUAACAGUUUCCAUGUCAUUGCUAUUUCUUGCUACUAAUUUUGCACUGAAAACUCUUAUUUUUUAUAGUUCAAAAAUGGGGCAUGGGUUCGCUGAAGUAACUGGGUUUUCUUAGGGAUACGAAUGAAAGUUUUCAACUUUCUUAGUGUUAGGAUUUGUAAGUGUUUUUUUAGGGUACUAGGGAUUAUAAUUCCAGAGGCUUCCCAACGUGUUUUCGAUACAUUUGAACAAACACAUAAUUAGCUCUAAUGUUUGUCAAAACCUCUUAAUAUAGGAAAGACAAACAAGUAUAGCAACAUAGACACACGGACACACAGACAGACAGACACACACACACACACACACACACACACACACUCAAAAGCUGUGACUCUCAUCAAGAUGAUUCCAAACUUUAGGAUCAGUUAUAGGUGAAAUAUUGUUGUUAAAUGACCUGUUUUAUUCUAUCAGAUUCCAAAGUAGCUCCCACUGAAUUCUCCACCAUAGUAUUUUUUAUUCAAUCUUUGUAAUAUGUAUCAAGAACCUAAACAAACCAUGCAGUUGCAUGAAUUUAUAUUUAUUUAUUUCACAUGUUUUCUCAGAAUGUAAAGUCUACAUCUGAUGAAAACAAACUAGAGUCUCAGGAUCAAUGUUUGUACCUUCUGGCUGGUCUAUACCAUUUCCUUCUUAACUCUGGAGAACAUUUGUAUUGAAUGUUCUAUCAUAGUGUUGCCACUGUGCAUUUAUUGUAACUGCAUGUACUUCUGUGCAUGCAUCUACCUCUUUUAGCAAAGAAGUGUUCUAGCCUUUGAGUUUGCAGACUUCAGAUUAGCUACAUAGACAGAGCUUAUCCCUAUAAAAAGAGUAAUGACAUAAGAAAAUGCCCCUGAUUUAAAAGAAUAUCCGAAAUGUAUUCUUGAAUGGGAUACUUUUCUUACUGUUCAUGAACUUUCAAUGUAGCCGGCAAAAAACAUGACUUGACUUGACAAAUUGUGAAGUUCACAUUUUAUUGAGACUUAAGUCAUCUAACUGCAAGACUGAUGAUUCAUUUAUUUUUAAAGUAGAGGCUCGGCUUUGUGGCUGGAGAGAUAGUACAGUGGGUAGGGUGCUUGUUUUGCACCAGCUGACCAGAGUUCAAUCCCUAGCAUCUCAUGUGUUUCCCUGAGUCCCACCAGGAAUGAUUCCUGAGCACAGAGCCAGGAGUAAGCCCUGAACACUUCCAGGUGUGGUAAAAAAAAUCAAUAUUAAUAAUGAUAACACUACUACUAAUAAAAUUUAAAAAGAUUUAGCAAAUUACAAUGAAACCUAGGACCUAUUUUUUCUCCUCCACAUUUUGGAGUUGUACAAAAGUAUAUGCAAUAGAAAAAAGGCCUGAAAAACUUAAAAUAUUGUUUACCUGACCUUUACAGAAUGAAUUAACUGAUCCCACUGGUAGGUAUUAGGAAAUCUUCCAGAGGUUAGAAUAUUUAUUAAAGCAUCUCCAAGAAAACAAAGAAUCAGUGCAACACUAGCUUUGAUUUGGAUCUGAAAAAAUUGUAUAAAAGAAUGAUGACAUAUGAAUUUUUUAAUGAUGUGUUACUGCAGUUCCUUGGGCAGAAACUGAGUAUCCACUGGGAAAAUAUUUCAUGUAAAAGUAGUUGUCAAAGCCAUUUGCACUUUCAGUCAGAGAUGUGUGCUUGAAAACAUCUGACGUUUCUUCCUGUCUCUUAAUACCUCAUUUAGGAAGCACGUGGAAAUGUGAUUCUAUACCUGAGUGAGGAUUUCAGGAAUUGAGAACAAUUUCAUAAUAAACCGUUAUAUGUGAAUAUUUUGCUUUCAGAGAAAUAUGUUUUAUAUACACAUGGAAGUACAUUGGAUGCUUUUUGGAAUUAAGAUAUUUUUCAGACUUUCUCAUGGAAACAACAUAAGAUCUUCAAACUGUUGUAAAAAUUAAAUGUAAGGACUAUUUUUAUUGGUUAAGUCUUUAGAAAAGAUGCAUGUCAUUGUUUGUAUAUUUUGGAUAUGACUUUGGAAUAAAUCUCUUUUUUUGACUCUUA